AUGGAAGCUCUGUCUUCUCUCACAUUCAAGGGUUCUGUUACAGAAGCCAUAUUUGAAGCCAAAGGGCAGAAGAAGCUUUUUGUUGUCUACAUAUCUGGAGAGGAUGAAGAGUCGGAUAAGUUGAACAAAUUGACAUGGACUGAUGCAUCGGUAGUACAGGUUGCAGAGUCGCUGUCCAAGUAUUGCGUUUUACUGCAUAUCCAAGCAGGAAGUGUUGACGCCACAAACUUCUCCGCAAUAUGCAACAAUUUGAAAAGAAAAGAGAGAUCCUUACAUCAGUUGCUAGACCCAUAUUCAUCUGUUCCAUGUGUAGCUGCCAUUGGAUUCAGUGGAACACAAGUUUGGAAAAAUGAAGGAUUUAUUUCUGCUGAAGACCUUGCAUCCAGUUUAGAAAAGGCGUGGGUGGGACUUCAUAUACAGGAAACAACUGCAAGUAUCCUUUCAGCAGCACUUGCAUCACAAAACUCAGAGCAACCUGCUUCUAGUGCUUCCAAUGUUGUCUUGCCUUCUGAAGGCGGUUCUUUAGAUGCAGUGAUUGCAUCUCCAUCAACGGCCACUAGUGUUCAACCCUCAGAGAGAAAGUCAACGGUGACAUCUGCAUCAACAAAGGAAAACGAUGAUGACGCAGAUGCAGCUAAGGGCAAAGAAUUUGCUGAACCGAGUGAUCUGUGUGAUACUACUACCAAUAAUCAGCCAGAAUUCUCUCUUGAUGGAACUAAGGCCACUGUCGAACAUGGAGCAACAGAGACCCCUUCUUGUGUUCAGGCAGAAAAGGAGCCGAUUCGUCCUGUAGCCCCAAGACCAAAUGAUAGCACAUCCGCCGUUCGAUCUUCUACUGAUAGGAAAAGGAAACAAGAAACCGUGAUAAACAAAGCUGAUAGUGGUACAGGUGGGAGUGAAAGGGACAUUAGUCUAGUAAAAUCUGUAGGUACAAAAGAGACUGUGAAGCCUAUGGAUGAAGGAGAGGAUGGAAAAAGCUUGAGAAAAUCAUCUGAUGUUCAUUUGAACAUCCGAUUGCCUGAUGGUUCCAACCUUCAAGAGAAGUUUUCUGUAACAAGUACACUGAGGAUAGUGAAGGACUAUGUGAACAGUAACCAAACAAUCGGACUGGGUGCUUAUGAUCUAGCGGUUCCUUACCCUCGUAAGGUGUAUAGUGACCAAGAUCUCGAUAAGUCUCUAUCCGACUUGGGUUUGUUCGAAAGACAAGCACUUGUAGUGGUUCCACGUAAAAGAGCAACUGUUUAUCAAAGAGGAUCAUCUUACUCUGAGUCUAACAACAACAGAGACCCUGCAAGCCUUAACAGUGGCGGUUACUUUGCUUAUGUUAGAAGAGUACUGUCCUAUGCAAACCCAUUUUCAUAUUUUGGCGGCGCUACUGCUAACGCAUCAAGCUCGGGGCCAGAACCUCAAAGCGGAUCGAAUUCGGAGCUGAGAAACAAUCUGGCGCAAGAGAGUAGAGAUCCAUCAGAAGGUAGAAGCAACGUUCGGAACAGGAGACCAACCACAUCUCGGAUUGGAAGUAACAUCCAUACGCUGAAACACGAUGAAGAAGAUGCUCCGUUUGGUGAUGGAAACGCGUUCUGGAACGGAAACUCCACACAGUAUGGCGGUGGAAGCGGGGGAGACGGUAAUGAUAGGCGAUGA